AUGGUCGUCCAAGUAAACUGUUUGCCAUUAUGGCCAAGGCAAAUCAAAGCGCCAAAACUUGAUGAUUGCGCCGCGAGUGUAUAUUACGAGUUUGAAUCUGAAGGGAAAACUAGCAGAGAACGGAAGGACUUUCCCUUGGACAAAAUUCCGGAAAACAAUCUCACGAUCUCGGAUCCAGAGCACAUUAUCCAAGCCUUCCUACGCCUCCUUGUCAAGCUUGAUACAACACUCUAUGUAGAUAUCUCGUUCGAACGAUUUCAAUGGAACGUUCAUCCCUUCACCGCGUCAUCCGGAAUCCCUCAUGCUGUCUUCCCACUCGAUCAGUCGCAGAUGAUUGUCCAGGUGCAUCAAUGGAUUUUUGACAUCAAGGCAAAACGUCGCCGAGCGGUUUCCGGGAUCACAUUAGUAGUCCAUGUCGACCUGUUUAUAGCAGUCUUGUUGUAUGCCAUAUAG